GCCCCGCCUGGGCGGGCGGGCAGCCGGCUGGUGCUCUCCCCAGGUGAGCAUUGCUCAGAGCAGCGGGAAAUGACUGCUGGGAGCGGGCGUGAGGUGGCAGGCAGCCCCGGACGCUGGCGCACAGCAGUCCCGGGAGCUGGGUGCUAGGAGCUCCACUCCCCGCCGUGGACAUCAGGAGCAGCUGGAGUGCCGCCUCCCGCCACCACCAGGGUCGGGGCAGCAUGAGCCGGGCAAGGCACGUGGGCAAGAUCCGGAGACGCCUGGAGGAUGUCAAGAGCCAGUGGGUCCGGCUGGCCAGGGCCGACUUCAGCGACCACGAGAGCGCCCGGCUGGCCACAGACGCCCUCCUGGACGGCGGGCCCGAGGCCUACCGGCAGGUGCUCAGCCAGGAAGGCGAGGUGGACUUCUUGUCCUCCGCGGAGACCCAGUACAUCCAGGCCCAGGCCAAGGAGCCCCCCUGUACCCCGGACACCCCGGGAGGGGCCGAGGCCGGGACCAAGGGCCUGGACUCCUGCUCCCUGCAGUCAGGGACCUACUACCCUGUGGCCUCAGAGGACAGCGAGCCGGCCCUGCUGCACACCUGGGCCUCGGCCGAGAAGCCCUACCUGAAGGAACCGUCCAGCGCCACCGUGUACUUCCAGACGGACAAGCACAGCAACAUCAGGGACCUCAUCCGCCGCUGCAUCACCCGGACCAGCCAGGAAUCAGCAGUUCUGGGAUGUCAACGCAUCAUAACGCACAAAACCACAAAAACCACAGCCGUGAUCAGCACAUCCUCCCGGUGUGGCCACGGACCCUUCCAGCGGGUCCUGGCCAUCCUGAUGGACGUGUUCACGGACGUGGAGAUCUUCUGUGACAUCCUGGAGGCGGCCAACAAGCGCGGGGUGCUGGUCUGCGUGCUCCUGGACCAGGGAGGCGUCCCACUCUUCCAGGAGAUGUGUGACAAAGUGCAGGUCUCUGACCGGCACCUCAAGAACAUUUCCAUCCGGAGGGUGGAAGCAGAGGUGUACUGCGCCAAAUCAGGCAGGAAGUUCGCCGGCCAAGUCCAGGAGAAGUUCAUCAUCUCAGACUGGAGAUACGUCCUUUCUGGAUCGUACAGCUUCACCUGGCUCUGCGGACACGUCCACCGGAACAUCCUCUCCAAGUUCACGGGCCAGGCCGUGGCGCUGUUUGACCAGGAGUUCCGCCACCUCUACGCCGCCUCCCAGCCCGUGAUGGGCCUGAAGUGCCCCAGGCUGGUCGUGCCCCUGCCGCCCAGAGCAGGACGCAGCCCCCCGCCCGGCGACAGCAGCUGCUCUGCCAGUGGCCGCCUGUCCUCCAACCCCUUCAGCAGCCCCUCCACGGGGAGCAACCCCCAGAACCGGAGUCUGUCCGUGUCCUCAGGGCCCAGCAGCCCUCCGGCCCCAAACCCGCCUCCGCCCCCCAGGUUUCAGCCCUGCCAUGGCCUUUGGGGGGCCCUGGCCCCACAGGCCCACUUCUGCCUGAGGCCCCACGACAGCCCCCUCGCUCUGCACAGCAAACUCAACGCCUGCAGGCCCCCGCGGCUGCAGCUGGAGCAGCUGGGCCUGCUGCCCAGGGCGGCCCAUGUCUGGAGGCCGUUCCUGCAGGCCUCCCCUCGUUUCUGAAGGCCCCCCCCCAUGCUGCCCUCCCAGGACCCCUGGGAACCCACCUCAACGUCCGGCAGCUUUGCUUCCCAUACAACUAAAGGCACCUGGACAACACUGGUGCCUGUUCGAAUGUUCUCAGGCCUGAGAGCGUUCACUUGCCAACCCCACCAGUCCCUGGGUUCCCCUCUCUAGUUUGGACUACGCAGCACAUUCCAGAAGGUUCCAGGGUGACAGGGUGGGGAACUAGAGGACAAGAUGGUCAAAGUAGGGCCCUUUCUUCCAAAGAGCAGCCAGUGCCUCCACAUGACCAUUCUUUGACUCGCUGGGAUGCGAGAAGGGCAGAUGCAGCCACGUUUCAUAGAUGGGUAAACGGGAUCUCUGUCGAGAAGCAGAGGGUGGGUGUGACCAAGGUGCUCCGUUUCCCAGUUCGCAGGAAUAGUCUUCUCCCCAGAGAUCCCGGAGAGAGAUCCGGGAGAAGGCCUGGGUGUUUCUGGGAGGGGGGACAACUCCUGCUCCCUGGAAGGCGGAAGACUGGGUAUCCCUGGGCCCGAUGGCGUAGGGAUGAGGCCCCACAACUGCCGCUGUAAGCCGUGUGGGGCCGGUGGAGACUGCAGCGGCAGAGAUGGGGCAGGCCGGGGCGUCCCGGGGAUUGAGGUGGACAAGGCAGCUUGGCAGCUCCAUGCUGAGUCACUUCCAGGCUGACGCUCCCAGAGCGUCCAGAACAGGGGUCCUCAAACUUUUUAAACAGGGGGCCAGUUCACUGUCCCUCAGACCAUUGGAGGAACGGACUAUAGUUUAAAAAAAAACUAUGAACAAAUUCCUAUGCACACAGCGGCGGCAAAAACACCCGGCGGGCCGGAUAAAUGUUUUUGGCGGGCCGCAUGUGGCCUGCGGGCCGCAGUUUGAGGACCCCUGGUCCAGAGCGUCCAGAGCAGGUGCAGUUGGCCUCAAGGUGGAGGCCCCUCCAGGGGGCCGGGUUCCUAAGAGACUGUGGUGAGCAGCCCCCCCACUCCUCCCCUUCCACCCGCAGUGGAGAAGCAAUAUGAGCAAGAAAUAAACCUUUGUCGUUCAAGCACUGA